UCUAUUUUUCUAUUUUCAACUCGCGCCUUUUCUCUCUCUCACCAAAUCCGCACAGCAAUGGCUUCUUUCAAAACCUGUCGGAACUCCAUUUUCCUUCGCCGGAUUCUCUUUCUCACGUUUUCAAUUUUUUGCUCUGUUGUCUCUGCACAUGAACGCUCUUUAGUGGUUGGUGGGUCUAGUAAGUUGCUGCUAUCUCCUAGCUUGCAAGUGGUUAAGUCACCGGGUUCUAAACCCGGCACUUCAGUGCUUUGUGAAAGAGUUCAUAUCCAUGGACUUUCUAGGCUAAAAAGCUUGAAAAAGUUUUCCCAUUCAUUAAAGGUGACAGUUUCACAUUCAAGUUCAAGCGGUCGCAAGCCAAAUGUUGAGGUUUGUUUCCAUAGAAAUGCUUCUCUUGGGAUAGGGAUGUGCCCGCAAGGCAAGUGGGAGAAGGUUGAUAAGGGUUCAUGGGUUCGAGCCAUGUCACCUUUUGACCACAAACUAUUAGAUAUAAGGAUGGCUAGUUCAUCCUUGGAAACCCUUGAACUUUCCAUUGAAGAAGAAUUCUUGGUGUAUCGUGUGGUUUUCUUAAUCUUGGGCAUUGUUAUGUUGAGCGUGGCAUCCUCUUUGAGCAAGUCAUUGGCUUUUUACUACAGCAGUGCCAUGGCAAUUGGGAUCAUCCUUGUAAUAUUGGUGGUUCUUUUUCAGGGGAUGAAGCUGCUUCCAACUGGUCGAAAGAACUCGCUUGCAAUUUUUAUAUACUCAUCUCUUGUUGGCAUGGGAUCCUUUCUUCUUCGCUACUUGCCAGGACUAUUUCAUUCAGUACUUGUGGAGAUAGGAAUCAGCGAAGACAUGUAUUAUCCUUUGACCAUUUUUCUGCUGGCUUUUUUUGUUCUGGCUGGAGCAUGGAUGGGUUUCUGGGCUGUCCGUAAGCUUGUCCUAACAGAAGAGGGUUCAGUUGAUAUGAGUACCUCUGUAUUUGUUGCUUGGUCUAUCCGGAUUUUGGCUGUCAUCAUGAUUCUUCAGAGUUCUUUGGAUCCCCUGCUGGCUGUGGAAGCAUUAGUAUCUGGAAUAGUGGUCUCAUCAAUAUUAAGGAGAAUUUUCAGAUUAAGAUUUUUGCGUCGACUGUACAAGAAGUUGUUCAAAUUCAUCAAAAACAUCCAGAUUGGAUCCCAUGUUCCUGAUUUAUCACCAUUUGGAAAUUCCCAUGAUGAAUAUGUGUUGAAGACACCUGAGGACUGGCGUCAGGCCAAACGAUUCAACUUGGCUUCAUGCAGUUCACCGAUGCAAGGUGUUAGCAAAACAUCACGUCAUCAACUCUCAGAUUCAGAUAUUUAUCCUUCAACCUUCCAUCGUACUCCUGAAAGGAGAAGAUUCUCAAAAGAUUCGUGGGGAAAUUUCACUAGAGACUCCACGCGAAAAGCUGUCAAAGAACUUGUUGCCUCUCCUGAUUUCAGCAAAUGGGUUGCUGCAAAUGCAGAAAGAAUCACUGUAACUCCAAGCUCCGGUAGUACUUCUAGUCAGCCACGUCCCAAGUGGCAUCUUUGGUAGCAGUUGCGAGCAUGGCUAAUGCCAAAUCAGUAAGAAAACUCAUGAUGAGUACGAAAAAUGUUGGUAGCACAUGUUAGAAUCACACUAAUUUUUGUAGAAUCAUAUUGUCAAUUUACAUGCACAGCACUGAUUGUAAAAUCAUGUAAUGAAUUUGUAUUGUAUGCAUAGGCUGUGAACAUACCUGGCAAACAGACUGUUUAGAUGAUCUUUAGAUCAGGAAAUCCAUUUCAUUUCAAGCUUAGAGGCUUUA